AUGACAGCUGCACCAACAACCACAACAGUUGCAUCAACUAACACAACAGCUGCACUUACAACCACAACACAAAAACCAACAACCACGGCAGCUGCACCAACAACCACAACAGCUGCACCAACAACCACAAAAGUUGCACCCACAACAGCUGCACCAACCACCACAACGGCUGCACCAACAACCACGACAGCUGCACCAACAACCACGACAGCUGCACCAACAACCACGACAGUUGCACCGACAACCACAACAGCUGCACCAACAACCACAACAUCUACAGAAACAACCACUACAGCUGCACCAACAACCACAACAAAAGCACCAACAACCACAACCCAAGCCCCAACAACCACAAUAGCUGCGCCAACAACCACAACACAAGCACCAACAACCACAACACAAGCACUAACAACCACAACACAAGCACCAACAACCACAACACAAGCACCAAAAACCACAACAGCUGCACCAAAAACCACGACAGCUGCACCAACAUCCACAACGACUGCACCAACAACAACAACACAAGCACCAACAACCACAACAGUUGCACCACAAACCACGACAGUUGCACCAACAACCACGACAUCUGCAUCAACAACCACAACAGCUGCACCAACAACCACAACAGCUGCACCAACAACCAUGACAGUUGCACCAACAACCACAACAGCUGCACCAACAACCAUGACAUUUGAACCACCAACCACAACACACGGACCAACAACCACGACAACAUCUGCACCAACAACCACAACAGUUGUACCAACAACCACAACACAAGCACCAACAACCACAACACAAGCACCAACAACCACAACACAAGCACCAACAACCACAACAGCUGCACCGAAAACUAUGACAGCUGCACCAACAUCCACAACAGUUGCACCAACAACCACGACAGUUAACCACGACACUGCAACAACAACACAAGCACCAACAACCACAACAGUUGCAACAACAACCACGACAGUUGCACCAACAACCACAAUAGUUGCACCAACAACCACAAAACUUGCACCAACAACGACAACAGCUGCAUUAACAACCACAACAGCUGCACAAACAACCAUGACAGUUGCACCAACAUCCACGACACUUGAACCAUCAACCACAACAGCUGUACCAACAACCAUGACAGCUGCACCAACAACCACAACAGUUGCAUCAACUAACACAACAGCUGCACCAACAACCACAACAGCUGCACCAACAACCAAAACAGCUGCACCAACAACCACGGCAGCUGCACCAACAACCACAACAGCUGCACCAACAACCACAACAGUAGCACCCACAACAGCUGCACCAACAAGCACAACAGCUGCACCAACAACCACAACAGCUGGACCAACAACUUCAACAGCUGCACCAACCACCACAACGGUUGCACCAACAACCACGACAGCUGGACCAACAACCUCAACAGCUGCACCAACCACCACAACGGCUGCACCAACAACCACGACAGCUGCACCAACAACCACGAGAGUUGAACCGACAACCACAACAGCUGCACCAACAACCACAACACAAGCCCCAACAACCACAACAUCUACAGAAACAACCACUACAGCUGCACCAACAACCACAACAAAAGCAUCAACAACCACAACCCAAGCCCCAACCACCAUAAUAGCUGCGCCAACAACCACAACAAAAGCACCAACAACCACAACACAAGCACCAACAACCACAACACAAGAAAGGAUCAAUCGUUACAGAGAUGGAUGCAUCAUUCUCCUCCCUACCCAAUGA